AUGGGCCCGGCCGCCGCUCCGCAGCGGAGCGCGGGGCUCCGGAGGGCUUCGCGCUGCCUCUCUCCCCUCCCCGCGGCCCCCCACCGCCGGGCUGGAUAUGUGGAUGCUCACGUGAAGAUGGAUGUAGCGAUCGGGCUGCUGGGGCUGCUGACGGUUCUGCUGGAGGGCAGCUCCGGGCAAGGGGUGUACGCCCCCCCCACCGUGCGUAUCGUGCACUCAGGCCUGGCGUGCAACAUCGAGGAGGAGCGCUACUCGGAGAGGGUCUACACCAUCCGUGAGGGUGAGACGCUGGAGCUGACCUGCCUGGUCACCGGCCAUCCCCGACCACAGAUCAGGUGGACCAAAACAGCGGGAAGUGCAUCUGACAGAUUUCAAGACUCGAGCGUCUUCAAUGAAACGCUGCGGAUAGCCAACAUCCAGCGCCACCAGGGAGGCCGCUACUACUGCAAGGCUGAGAACGGCCUGGGCUCACCGGCCAUCAAGUCCAUACGAGUGGACGUGUACUAUCUGGAUGACCCGAUAGUGACAGUCCACCAGAGCAUCGGUGAAGCAAAAGAGCAGUUUUACUAUGAGAGGACUGUGUUCCUCAGGUGCGUGGCCAACUCCAACCCGCCCGUCCGCUACAGCUGGAGACGUGGCCAGGAGGUGCUGCUGCAGGGCUCUGAUAAGGGAGUUGAGAUCUACGAGCCCUUCUUCACACAGGGGGAAACGAAGAUCCUGAAGCUGAAGAACCUCCGACCUCAGGACUACGCCAACUACAGCUGCAUCGCCUCAGUGAGGAAUGUCUGCAGCAUCCCUGAUAAGAUGGUGUCCUUCCGACUCUCCAACAAAACAGCAUCCCCUUCUAUUAAACUCCUGGUGGAUGACCCGAUAGUGGUGAACCCUGGAGAAGCAGUCACCCUGGUCUGUGUGACGACAGGAGGGGAGCCAGCCCCCAGCCUGACGUGGGUGAGGUCUGCCGGCGGCCUGCCUGAGAAGACAGUCCUCAAUGGCGGAACACUGACCAUACCCGCCAUCGCGUCAGAGGAUGCUGGCACCUACAGCUGCGUCGCCAAUAACAACGUUGGAAAUCCUGCAAAAAAAUCCACCAACAUCAUCGUCAGAGCCUUAAAAAAAGGACGUUUCUGGAUCACUCCUGAUCCAUAUCACAAAGAUGACAACAUCCAGAUUGGGCGAGAGGUGAAAAUCUCCUGCCAGGUGGAAGCUGUCCCUUCGGAGGAGCUCACAUUCAGCUGGUUUAAAAAUGGGCGGCCCUUGCGAAGCUCUGAAAGGAUGGUCAUCACACAGACCGACCCUGACGUGUCGCCUGGCACCACCAACCUGGACAUCAUUGACUUGAAAUUCACAGACUUUGGGACGUACACGUGUGUCGCGUCUCUGAAAGGAGGUGGCAUAUCGGACAUCAGCAUUGAUGUCAACAUCUCCAGCAGCACAGUCCCACCCAAUCUGACUGUUCCUCAAGAAAAGUCCCCCCUGGUCACACGGGAAGGAGACACGAUCGAGCUGCAGUGCCAGGUGACGGGGAAGCCCAAGCCCAUCAUCCUGUGGUCCCGCGCCGACAAGGAGGUGGCGAUGCCAGAUGGCACGAUGCAGAUGGAGAGCUACGAUGGCAUCCUGAGGAUAGUGAACGUGUCCCGGGAGAUGACAGGCACCUACAGGUGCCAGACCAGCCAGUACAACGGGUUCAAUGUGAAGCCCAGAGAAGCUUUGGUGCAGCUCAUCGUACAGUACCCCCCGACCGUGGAGCCGACCUUCCUGGAGAUCCGGCAGGGCCAAGGCCGGAGCAUCACCAUGAGCUGCCGGGUGCUGCGGGCCUACCCUACACGGGUGCUGACCUAUGAGUGGCGGCUGGGCAGCAAGCUGCUGCGCACAGGCCAGUUUGACCUGCAGGACUCCACCGAGUACACUGUCAGCAGCCUCUCCCGUGACAGCUAUGGCGUCUACAACUGCAACAUCAUCAAUGAAGCGGGAGCCGGCCGCUGCAGCUUCCUGGUCACAGGCAAGGCCUACGCCCCGGAGUUCUACUAUGACACUUACAACCCGCUGUGGCAGAACCGGCCCCGCGUGUACUCCUACAGCCUGCAGUGGACCCAGAUGAACCCCAACGCCGUGGACCGCAUCCUCGCCUACCGCCUGGGGAUUAGGCAGGCUGGACAGCAGCGUUGGUGGGAACAAGAAAUUACAGUGAAUGGAAACAUUCAAAAGGGAGAAUUAAUUACCUACAAUCUAACUGAGCUGAUCAAGCCAGAGGCAUACGAAGUCCGUCUGACACCCAUCACCAGAUUUGGAGAAGGAGACUCCACUAUUCGGGUCAUCAAGUAUAGUGCUCCAGUAAAUCCACACCUACGAGAGUUCCACUGUGGGUUUGAAGAUGGUAACAUUUGCCUUUUCACUCAAGACGAUACGGACAACUUUGACUGGACAAAGCAAAGCACUGCCACUAGAGACACAAAAUACACUCCCAACACAGGGCCAAACGCAGACCGGACUGGCUCCAAGGAAGGUUUCUACAUGUACAUUGAGACGUCACGCCCCAGGCUGGAAGGGGAGAAGGCCCGACUCGUCAGUCCUGUUUUCAGCGUUGCUCCGAAAAAUCCCUAUGGAGCUACGAACACAGCCUACUGUUUUAGCUUCUACUACCACAUGUAUGGACAGCACAUAGGAAGCUUGAAUGUUUACCUGCGACUGAAAGGCCAGACCGCUAUAGAGAACCCCUUGUGGUCUUCAAGUGGAAAUAAGGGCCAGCACUGGAACCAAGCCCGUGUCAAUAUCAACCCCCCGACUUCAUUCCAGCUUAUAUUUGAAGGGAUCCGGGGCCCAGGCAUCGAAGGAGACAUUGCUAUUGAUGAUGUAUCAAUUGUGGAAGGAGAGUGUAUGAAAUCCGACCAGCCGGCCAACAAUUUACGAUCAGGUGCUGUUGGGACAUUAGAGCAUAUACGACUCAUCCCAGUUACCAUCCUCAUGUUUGUCUUAAGUCAUCAGAGGUGACCUUAUCCUGGCAGAGGCUACAAAAGAUUCACCAGGCACUGGCAUGAAGAAAGAGUCUGUGUAAAAUGGACAUUUAAAAACAAACUACCAAAGAUUCCUCCACUGACUGACUCAAAUAAAUACGUAAAUAAAUAAAAAAAAAAAAAAAGAAAAACAAACAAACAAAAAAAAAAAAAACAAUUAAAAAGCACUGGGGACAUAAAAGGCAUCAUGGGAGUGUAACUCACUAUGAACCACGCGUGAGAACGAGAUCUGGCCUAAGUGAGGAAGAGACCUUCAGGUGCUUUUGUGGUCAAUAACGAAUACAGCAUCAUCUGGUUGAACUCUCGGAACAGAGCGAUAGAAACCCUUGUCAAAGCACAAAGUCAUGGCUGGUUUUGUUUCAAAUGAAUAGUUUGCUUGUUACCAUGGAAACCUAAUGGCCUGCCAAAAAAAAAAAAAAAGAGGAGAGGAGGGAGAGGAAAUAAUAAAAUUAAAACAGAGAGAGCAACACCUCACUGUAAACAGGGUAUGUGAAGAGCUGGCAUUCAUUUUCCCUUCGAGGAGGUUUUUAGUGUAGAGUUAAAAACAUGUAGGCCCUUUUGCCUUUGGCUGUCACCUCCCCUAGAGAGUAACCCCGAAUCAGAGCUGUUUGAAGACAUUUCUGUUUCAUUUCUCACGGCUAUGCUCGAUAACUGUAUGCUGUCUCCUUUUGCAUGCAUUACAAUCCAGGAUGUGCCACCUGGGCUUACAUAUGACACAGGCUUAUCGGAGCUUGCUUGCGGCCACUCGAACACCCCUCUCCCCUCCCCAACUGAGUCAUCUGUUCUAACGAAGUGAAGAAACCAAACCACCAUCUUUUAUAAAUUGCCAUGGAAACCAAGUGCCUUCAAUGAAACAAGCCUGAUUUAAAAGUAUAUGUAGAAUAAUAAUAAUUUCAACACAGAAGCUUGCACUGCUAAAAUGUGGUUUGUGCAAACUAUUUUCUAAACAAACUACGGAGCCCGGGUGUGCAGACUGCAGGCGAAGGAAGCGAAGUCGCUCCUGGAGGUGGAUGGACCUGAGCUGCUGCGUAAGCCCUCUCGGACGAGCUAUCUGUUGUUUAACCUUCCAGACAGCCAUGGCCUUUCAGCUUAUUACCCAUUAGAAAAUAGCUUCCGUUGGUCCUGGAAAUGGGAGCAGCGCUUUUUAUUUGUUCCUUUCAGGUGAUCAGGUGGGUCAACCAGAGGAAGAGGUGGUGGAGAUGUACUUAGGGGUGCAGCACUGCGCUCUGCAGGCACAGCUGGGCACGGGGCUGCUGCUGCUGCUGCUGCUGCAGGGAAGUCAGAGUUCCACUUGUGCAACAAAACACACGUGGGUUUGGAGCUGCCCCAAAAGCCAGCCGGUUUUCCACUGCAUUGUAAAUUUCCCUGACAGUUGGUUAUGACAAUUUGAAGACCUUUUUCCUUAAAUUAUCUCAGCUUUUAACUUCAUUU